UCUUAGCCGCCACCCCCUUAGCCUGCUUGCUCCAACCCUUUCCUCACUGGGUAUAUCUUCGUCUUUUAUAACAUCCCAAAGCAAAACAAAACGGGGCGGUCAAAGAUGCAAGAAAACAGCGUCCAAACAGCAAAAGUCCUGAGAAAACAGACGUGAGACACUUCUUUCCUGUGUGGGGAUUUACCCGAGUGAGGGAGUGAUGGUAUCUGUGUAGGUGGUGACCCCCAGUUUCAACUAUGAGCUUAAGGGGUGGAGUGCGUGGAGGCAUAAUAGAUUGAAGGAGGAGGGGGGGUGUGAAGUAAACAGAAGCAGAGGGAGGACAUGGGGGAGAAAAAAAGUUAUGAAAACAAGAGUAUGGGAGCAGAUGGGGUUUACCUUGGAAACAAGCAUUACAGCAGAGAACUUGGGGGUGGGGGUGAGGUGGGGGGGAAACUCAGGAGGGGCUUUAGCCAAGCUGGACUUUAUCACAGUCUCUGGAGACUGAUGAACAAGGGGGUGGACGGGAUCCAGGCACGCACAAACACACAGCAGCGCUCGUCACACACCACGGGGGGAAGGUAUAUAAAAAGGGAUCCCAGGGAGAAAGAGCGGCCACUAAAGCAUCCGUCCUGUCCGUUUGAAGAGUGUUCAUGCAAAGGACUAUACCUUGACACGUCUUGCUUUUAACAAAUAAAAGGUCGGAGCAGAUGAGGUGAUGUUGAAGAGUACCCGAAGCCUGAAUUUGAUGUUUUGGGUUUUUUUUUUUCCUUCGGGUCCUUCCAUUUGAGUACUUCGUACUUCGAGAGGUGAGAGAAAGUUAAACGGGAGCACGGCCUGUGAUUUAAUUUUCAUUUCAUGCAGAAUGGAAGUGGGUAUAGACAACUGGACUUACGUGGAUGAACACUUUGACUUCGAGGAGCAUAUUGAUGGUUUACGUGUCGUCAUGGCAAUUCUUUACCUUGUGGUGUGCAUCGUGGGACUCGCCGGGAACUCACUGGUGAUAGUGGCCAUUUUGAAAUUGGACAAAAUGUCGUCGGCCACCACGGUGUACAUCUUCAACCUGGCGCUAGCCGACGGCCUCUUCAUGGUCGGGCUCCCAUUCAUCGCCAGCCAGAACUUUCUGAGCCGCUGGCUGUUUGGCAGCGCGGCGUGUAAAGCGGUAAUGGUGCUGGACGGCAUCAACCAGUUCACAAGUGUGUUCUGUCUGACGGCGAUGAGCAUCGACCGCUACAUGGCGCUUGCCGACCCGCUAAGGUUCGCCUCCUGGAGGACACCACGCUGUGCCAAGAUCAUUUCGGCCUUGCUGUGGCUUUUUUCCCUCCUCACCAUCCUUCCCAUGGCGCUCCACUUCUCGGCGGACCGAGGCCUAUGCAUUCCGGAUCUCGUUUCCAACAUUUGGUGGCUGGGCGUCCUGUCUUACACCUUCAUCUUGGGUUUUGCGCUCCCGUUCACCAUCAUGACGGCAUCGUACACGGCCUUGCUGCUCACCCUGAGGUCGCAGCGACUCCGGGCUACCGUGCCCGACCUUGAGAAUCGCCGGCCGGAGCGUCAGGUCACCAAAAUGGUGGUCGCCGUGGUGGUUGUGUUCGGUAUGUGCUGGCUGCCAUUUUAUACCGUCAACUUCUGCUCCACAUAUCAAGCCAACCUUAUUUUUGCCCGGCUGUUCGAGUUCUUGGUCUUGCUGUCGUACUCGUGGAGCUGCGCCAACCCCAUCCUCUAUACGUGUUUCUCGGACACCUUCAGGAGGCACUUCCGGGUCCUCCUGUGCUCAGCCGCUAAGUCUUCUCCCAGCAUGCAAUGCGACACCGAGCGAUACGAUCUAAAUGUCACAGAAGUGCAGGACGUCACCAUUCUAGCAUAGAGAGACAAUGUUAAAACUAUUUCAUUUAUCGUAUCGCACAAUUGUACACACAUUUUGGAAGAAGUAUAAAAUUUAGAUUUGUCUCCAAGGGUGAAGAUGUGCAUUGUUUUAUUUUAUUCCUAUGCAACCUCAUUUGCUACCGUUUAUUAUGUCAACAGAGGAUUUUGGGGAUUUUCGGGGUUGUUUGAAACAGCAAAUUCAUUAGGAGGACGUUGCUUUAAUUUAAUUUAAUUCGAUUUUAAUUCAUGUACAGCAUUUUGUUAAAGCUGCAGAUUUUUAAAGUGGUCUAUAAAUAAAGUUGAGGAGUCAUUUAAAAAAAAAGUUCCAAAAAUACACAAAGCAUGUUCCUAUUUGACUUUGAGGAAUUGAUAACACUUUAUAUUUAUCAUACCUUGGUGAGCUCUUUCGGACUCUGGCUCGUUGCAUAAUCUGCUUUAUAAAAAUUAUUUUUAUAAUUCCAUCCACUCUGCUUCGUCUCCUGUUCUGCUGCAAUUUUUGUUGACAGCUGGUGUGGAAACAGAUGAACGUGGCCCAGUGGCUCCAAGCUAAAGCAGCACAGGGAUAUGAAAGGAGAACUCCAGAUUUUAAUUUAUUGUCAAAAUGAAUUUAUGCACAUGUAAAUGAGAAACUUUAUCUCACUAUGACAUUUUGCUUAAAAAUUAUUUCUCCGCACAUUUUUUUACUAUUAUAUUUGAGAAAACUAACUGCAUAUUUUUUACAGAGCAUGUGCUGCCUUUUUAGAAUUUUGGGUGAAUAUUUUGUUCAACAGAAGGAAUAUUCGGAAGCAUUUUAAUCAUUGUAUGAAUGAAAAAAAAUGUAUGUGAGUGACAAUCUGUGCUAUUUUUAAUGAUAAAAUUGGUGUACGAAUACUUGCAAUUGUUAUUGGAUGAAAUGUGACUUUUUUUUAAGAGCUGUAAAUAAAUAUGUGGGAAUUUAUAGUCUCAAUAACUCAUUACAUACU